UUUAACUAGUAUAAAAAGUGUUCUUUUUUCCCUUUUUCCUGUCCUUUUUUUUUCUUUAAUCUUUUUUUUUUCUUUUUUCGAGUCAAAUCAAUCUAAUAUUCAAUAAGAAAUAAUAAUAGCAUAAGAUGGGUUUGAUUCGUUAUAAUAGCCCUUUAUUUCAGGUCUUUAUCGUUGGUAUGAUCUGCUUCUGUUGUCCUGGUAUGUACAACGCUCUUAGUGGUAUUGGUGGUCAAGGUCAAUCUUCCACGAAGGCUGCUACAGAUGCUGGUACUGCUUUGUCUGUCACCUUUACUGUUUGUUCUUUAAUCGGUGCCCCUGUAUACAAUAUCUUUGGUCAUCGUGUACUUAUUCCUGCUGCUCUUGCUUAUGUUCUUUAUGUUGGUUCUUUUCUCUCUGCCAACGAAGGUUUCACAAUUGCUGCUGGUGCUAUUCUUGGUAUCGGCGCUGGUUUCUUGUGGACGGCACAAGCUGGUAUCAUGAUGUCUUAUCCUUCUGAAAAGGAUAAGGGUAAGGCAUUCUCACUCUUUUGGAUGAUCUUCAACUUAGGCGCUACUCUUGGUGCUGUUAUUCCCCUUGGCAAUGAAUGGAACUCUGGAUCCAAGUCUGAAGUCAAGAUUUCUACUUAUAUCGCUUUUAUGGUUAUCAUGGCUGCUGGCUCUUUCUUGACACUUGCACUCCUUCCUGCCAACAAAGUCAUUCGUAGCGAUGGAUCCCAAGUUUCUCUUCACAAGUUCUCUAACUGGAAGCGUGAGGCUUUUGAAGUCCUCAAGCUCUUCAAAGACUGGCGUAUGCUUAUUCUAAUCCCUCUUUUUGCUGGCUCAAACUGGUUCUAUACUUAUCAAUUCAACGGCUUAAACGGUCCUGGAUACAUGACUAUUCGCGCUCGUUCUCUUAACAACUUCCUCUAUUGGUUAUUCCAAAUCAUUGGUGCUGGUCUCUUUGGUUGGUUCCUUGAUUCCUCCAGACUCGGCGGUCGUAAACGACGUGCCUUUUAUGGUAACACUCUCACCCUUAUUGUUGUUAUUGCCCUCUGGAUUGGCGCCAUUGUCAUUCAAAAGAGAUUUACCCGUUCCUCUGUUCAUGCAGCCGAUUUUGUUCCCAUUGAUGUCUUUGACAAGGAAUACCCCGGUUUGGUCAUUGAAUAUGCACUCUUUGGUGUAAUGGAUGCUAUCUAUCAAGGUUUCAUUUAUUGGCUGAUGGGCACUAUGACCAAUGAUACUGAACGUGCUGCUCGUUACGGUGGCUUUUACAAGACAAUUCAAAACGCCGCUACUGCCAUUGCUAACCAACUUGAAGCCAACGAAGUUGAAUAUAUGACACAACUCAUAAUUGUAUUUGUCAUUAACGUUGUUGGUCUUAUUCUUUCUUAUGGUGUCUCUUGGACUGUCUCAGACGUUACAGUUGAAUCUAUCGACAACCUCAAUGGUAACGCUGGUGGUACUUUGGUUGGUGGUCACUUAGAAAAUGCCGAAGAUCACAAGGAAACUGUCAAUGAAGAUCUCUCUGAAAAGUCCCAAGCUUAAAGAUAUUCUCUUCUAUUCAAAUCCCAUUUUUUUCUGACUAAUAUUCUUUAUUCUAAUAAUUACUUUAAUCUUAAUGCACUUCAUUUUAUGUAAUAAUAAACGCAAUAAAAAACACGACCACGACAUAAAUAAGAAAAACGUUGUACAGCUCAAAAAAGCCAUGUAGAUAUUGUUCUGGAAUUUUUUUUUCUUGUAUGACUAGUUAAAAAAUACUUGUUGUUUUUUUUCUGUUUACUUGUAAACAAUCUUCCUUUAAAC